ACUACCUACUUUCAUGAAUAAGUGCACUGGCAAGGGUUGGGAAAAAAAAGUAACAUCUGCAGCUGAAAGGGCAGAGACCAGACUGAUUUAAUAGUUAGCUGAUCUGAUUGUGCACAGGGGCUGAGUAAGCUAUCUAUGGGAAAAGGGAAGUAAAACUGGACGGAAUGCGGGAAAGGAUUCAAAAAUGUUAAGGCAAGCUUGACCCAUAGUGGAAACUAGAGUUUUGUGAAAUCACCUCAGAAUGAAGAAUGUGUCUCCUUGGGACUCCCCAGAAGACUAAAUGGGGAACUAUAUAAGCUUCACAGUUGAAGUAGCAUCAUAGAGGACUGCAUCCUCACAUCUUCUCCAUCAGAAAAGUAUGUGUCCUUCCUGGUGCACUGAAAACCAUGAAUGGACUGAAACCACUGUGAACCUCUGCCAAAGCCUGCUCACACUGUCCACCCUCACAGCAUCGGUGAGAGAAGGUGCACGUGUUCAUUGCACACCGAGUGCAGAAGUGCCUCUCGGUCCUGUACAAAAGGUUCUCCUAGGAGCAACUCACCUCAGGGAAACAGCACUGGUCUCACCUGGAAUGUCUUUCUUUGACUCAGGAAACCUCAUUGCAGAUUGUUUUGAUGUGCUGAACAUUCACACAUUUUCCUCUACAUGACCAGUGUCACUUAUUAGCCAAUGUAUUGUGAACCUUUUGAUAUGGCUCCAGGUGCUAAUCCCUGGAUACAAUAUAUCUGAGAAUUUAAAAGCAAAACUAAUCAGAGACAAGAUAAAUCAGUUAGUCAAUGAAAAUCUCUGAACACGGAGGCAUAUGAACACAGAAGGUGCAAAAGGAAAACAUCACGUUCUAACUACUUUUUCAACCAAAUUCGCAACUAAAGAUUAUCAGUUUCCUCAGACCGCGGCCCAAAAACAUUUGCUAUGGUGCGUGUUACAGUCCUGCUGAUAUUAAGCUUUUUCCAGCAUAAGACACUGUUUUCCACAAUCCUGGCAAGUGGACAAGAAGACAUAAAGGAUGCACUUAGGCUGCAUAAUGUUCUGUGGGCCACCAAGAAUGAUUCAAGAGUUAUUUUGUCCUGGAACAAUAACCUGACAAAAGAAGAAACCAAGAAACACAGUGUGAAGUAUAUUUUGAUUUAUAAGUUCUUCAAUACGACUAAGGAAAGGAAAGAAAGACUGGAGGAGAAAGAAAAGAUAAUACAUCUUAAUUUACACUCUGGUUUUAAUGCUAAAGUUAAGACACAACUUUUUGCCAAAGAAACAGAAGACAUAAUUAAGGAGGGUGACUGGACAGAAUUUACUUACAAGGCACCUCCAGUCUACAUUCAGAAUCUUUCGUGCAUCAUAUAUAACAUUUCUUUUUUCAAUUGCACCUGGAACAUCAAAGCAGAAGCUCCUGAAGAUAUCCAGGUCUUUGUCUCAUAUAGACAUGUAGGAAAAGUUUUUGCAUGCCAGCAAUAUAUAAAAAAUGCAAGGAAGAAAAAUAUUGGAUGCUAUAUGAAAGAAAUGCAUUUCCAACCAUCAAGGAAAAUAAAUUUAAAUAUAACUGUGAGAAAUUUGAGAAAUAGUUUGAGAGGACUGUCUUAUUACAAAGCUUUCACACCUCAGACAAUAGAGAAGCUGAACCCGCCAAUCAACGUCUCAAUUUCCUUUGAAAACAGAAGUCUUAAAAUUCACUGGAAACCACCACCUACUAUUGGGUCAGCAAGGAAAAAGUGUUUUUUGUACCAAGUGAAAAUAACAGAUCGUAAGAUUGUAAAUGUCACUGGAGAGGACUAUAAAUAUCCAUUUCAUAAGCCAGAAAAAAAAUGUGCAGCACAAGUGAGGGUAAAGAAAGAGAUUUGCAUAGCAAACAAGAUCUGGAGUGAAUGGAGUGAACCAGUAUUUAUUCACGAUGGCUGGUAUUGGGUCAUAACUAGGGGUCCAUGGCACACGCCAGGCUCACGUGGCUCUGCUGUAGGGACGGAGAGUCCCCACUCUGAGUUAUAAUUCCCUGGCCUUUGCGGAGCGGUUGUCCUGGGUUAAGUUACACCUGACUCUCGACAGCCUUUAGGAAAUAAUAAUAGUCAGCAGCUGGCAAGGUCCUAACACCACCCUCCCUCCACCCUGCUGCCUUGCCCUGCAAAGGGCAGCCCACAAACCUCUAAAAAUACUUUCAACUGGAGUUAGUAAGCCAAGAAAUCCACAGAAGUCAUAACAUUCAUCAAACCACAUAGUCUUUAAGGACGAAGUCCAAUAUCUCCCUUAUUACACUGAUGGAAUAAUUUCUUAUCUGACAGAGAUAGGAAAUGGUUUAGCUCUCAUUCAAAUAUAUGUGCUCUGUCCCCAACAGCUCACAGGAGCACAAAGUAAACAAGAGUUUUGCAAUACUUUUCCUUCAACCUCUAUGAAGAAAACACCAAACAUAGGUGUGUUUACAAGAUAAACUUGUGCUUUCCAUGAUGAGAAAAAUGCCUCCACAUGCAGAGGGUUCCUGACGUCAGGCUAGGCAGAGAGGAAGUAGCACAAUGGUGUGAUGAUGUAUUUAUAGUGAGAAACUUGUGUCUGUGUGCCAACACACAAAAAAUGGUACAGUACUAUGGGCAGUAAAACAAAACAAGAUAAGUAUCAUUAUUUAAUACAACAGACUGUAUUUUUGGAAUAUGUCUUUUUGAUCUUUGAGCUUCAAAUACAUAUUUGUCUGAGGACAGGAAAUGCCAGGUGAGACAUUGUAACUUUUGAAAUGGAUUGAAUGUAAAUUCAGUUAUAGAGUUUACUGGAUACUGGCUGCCUACUCUAUCAGACGCCUCAUUGUUCCCCACUGGUCUGCUGAAACCUUUUUUGACCUAAAUUCAUCCAUUUAAUUUCAAAAGCAUUCCACCUGUCAAAUAUCUGGAGAGAGAAACCUAAUUGCCCUUCAUGUUCAUUGUGGUGAAGGAGAUAACUUUUCAGGCCAUAAGGGUCUUGAAUUACUCUUUAGAGAUCCCUCUUUCUUCUCAGUAAAGACAGAGAGAAUCUAGGACCAGUGCAUGGCCUAGGAGGAGUCUGUUUGGUCUGUCUGCCUGCCAGAGGCCAGAUAUGUCUCAUGUGUAGAUAGGGGAAAUCAGAAGAGGUCCUCUGGCUGGAGGCAUGUAGAUUUACUUGCUCCCUGCCAGCCUUUCACCAGAAGAAGGAAAUGGAUUUGAGCAGUCACCCAUUCUGGUUCCAGCCUACCAAACCUUGCUCUCAGAAUCUGCCAGUCUCCUUUAGCUGUUUUUGACACUGCUGCUUUCCCAGAUCCCUUUACAGCUGUUGCUGAGGUUCAAGAGUCACAGCAUGUUUCCUCCACUUCAAAAAAGUUUAUGAUGGACAAGACCACCAUGGCACAUAAGCUGUAAUAUCUGCAUGUGUUCGGUGCAGCAUGAUUUACCCUGGAGUAUACUGCACAUGUGGUGCAGCAACUCCCCUCCUUCCUAUUCAGGAAGGUUUUUAUAAAAUUAAACUAUGGAGCUACUCCAUUGGAGGGUAAAAUGCUCAGCCAAAUCUCUUUACAUACCUCCUUUGAUGCUGACACACAUUUUUCUGUCCAUUUUAUUCUGUAUUUUCUGGAAACUAUUCUAUCUGCUUCUAAUUGGGAACAUGUAUAAACGGACAUUAUACAAGUAACCUGAAAAGUAAAACAUCCAUUCAAUAUUUUUAUUUUGAAAUGUGUUGAUUUUUCUGGUGUUAUAGGAUCUCUUUCUCCUGAAAUUCUUGUGGAAGCAUGGCAUGACCUGCUUUCUGUUUGCUUCUCCAUGGCACUCUACUGUUUCAUCUAGGAAAUGUGCAACAUUUCUUUAAGAAUGCAUUUUAAAAAGGCAUUUUAGCCUUCAUUUAAGAAAAGCUGAAACAUCAAAAUAAAAUAACAUAAUUCAAAACAUAACUAAAGUAUUUGUUCUGAAAUGUUCCUUUGACAUGAAAAGAAUUUACUAAUUUUCUCAUGAGGAAAACAUUAAUUCUCCUUUGGAAUUAGCAUAUGCCCUUGAAAAAAACCCUCACAAUUUAACCUGAACUGAGCUGUUUAGUAUAGAAACUUUCUGCUAAAAAAA